AAUAUACACGAGAACUGGUUCAAACUGACCGGAAGCUGCGGGGGGUAGACGUGCCUUUCGCCGAGCCCGGACAGAGCGUGACUAUGGCGGCAGCCGUGACGUCCCACAUCUUCCCGCGGCUCACGGCCGCCUUCGGUGCUCCUCGCCGCCGCUUCAGCUUGGACGUGAGAGCGCCGCUGCUGCGUACGCGCGGCUACGUGCAUGGCCGCUGGGUUUCGGCGCCGUCGGACUUCCCGGUCCUGGACCCGGCCACCGGACUGGAGAUAGCGCGCGUGUCUGACUGCGGGCCGGACGACGCCAAGCGAGCGGUGAACGCGGCGUACGCGGCUUUUCACGAGUGGAAGCAGUACACGGCCAAGGAGAGGAGCGUGUUGCUGAGGAAGUGGUUCGACCUAAUGACACUAAAUAAAGAACAGCUGGCUCGGAUCAUCACCUUUGAGUGUGGCAAACCCCUCAAAGAGGCGCUUGGAGAAAUCGCUUACGCCGCCUCCUUCUUGGAGUGGUUUUCAGAGGAGGCGCGGAGGGUUUACGGCGACGUCGUGGCCUCGCCCUUCAAAGACCGAAGGAUCCUCCUCCUCAAGCAGCCGGUGGGCGUGACGUCCAUCAUCACGCCGUGGAACUUCCCCAGCGCCAUGAUCACCAGGAAGGUCGGCGCCGCACUGGCAGCCGGAUGCACCACCGUGGUUAAGCCUGCAGAAGACACGCCUCUUUCCGCGCUCGCUCUGGCUGAGCUCGCCGAGCAGGCGGGGAUUCCAGCGGGCGUGUUCAACGUGGUCCCGUGCUCUAGAAAGAUGGCGGCAUCGGUGGGCCAGGUUUUGUGCACCGACCCCCUCGUGGCCAAGAUAUCCUUCACAGGUUCUACUGCCACCGGCAAGAUGUUGCUGAAAAUGGCCGCCGACACCGUCAAGAGGGUGUCUAUGGAGCUCGGAGGCCACGCCCCCUUCAUCGUGUUUGACAGCGCCGACGUGGACCGGGCGGUGGAAGGAGCCAUGGCGUCCAAGUUCAGGAACUCUGGACAGACGUGCGUGUGCUCCAACCGCUUCCUGGUGCAGAGCGGCGUUUACGAGCGCUUCGUUGCUAAGCUGUGCGCCGCCAUGGACGCCCAGCUGCGCGUGGGCCACGGCAGCGAGGCCGAGAUCACGCAGGGGCCGCUCAUCAACGACAGAGCGGCCGACAAGGUGGUCCAGCAGAUAAGUGACGCUGUGUCGCAGGGCGCCAAGGUGCUGAGGGGCGGUCAGCGCCUGCACGGCUCCUUUGUGGCGCCCACCCUGCUGGUGGACGUCACCGCCGACAUGUUGUGUGUGCGCGAGGAAACUUUUGGGCCGCUGGUGCCCGUCAUCAGGUUCGACACGGAGGAGGAGGCGCUGGCCCUGGCAAACGCGGCCAAAGUCGGUUUGGCAGGCUACUUCUACUCGCAGGAUGUCAGUCAGAUUUGGCGUGUGUCGGAAGCAUUGGAGGCGGGCCUGGUGGGCGUCAACGAGGGCCUGGUCUCCACGCCAGAGGCCACCUUCGGGGGUGUCAAAGAAUCCGGAAUAGGCCGGGAGGGCUCCAAGUACGGUGUGGACGAGUACCUGGAGGUGAAGUACGUGUGCAUGGGUGGCCUUCGCGUCUAGCUAACGUCGUAGCCGAGGCUAAACCCAUCUGUUGUUUUGUCGCUAUGCUAAGUUAGUCUCGUAGCGGGCUAGUUAGCACCUGUUUAUUGGCGCAAUAGCAGAUCUAACAGCCAAUCAGAAGACAGCGUUUAAAAAUUUACCUUUGGAUGAUCGUCAAGUAAAGUUUCUUAUAUUUGGAUUUAGACCAGAGGUGUCCAAACUCCAUCCUGCGGGCGUGUUCAUUUUGACCCGUGGGAGGUCACAAAUUUAAGGAAUCUGGCCCGUGUGGUGCCUCCAUCUUAAUUUGAAAUAUCUGACAGUAUAAUUUCUGCCACUUUGUCGCCAUCUUGAGGACAACGUGAGUAAUUCAGGUUAAUGACCAUAAAUUGCAAUUGAAGUGUACACAUCACUGUAUGGAGGUACAUUUGUGUCUUUAUUACGAAAGCUUUUUUUUGACACUGAAUUUAUGUAACAGAAUGUUUUUCUUUUGAAUUUUGUGAAUAGAAUUCAAGUGAACUGUAACCAGUUCACAAAAUUCAAAUGCAAAACAUUCAGUUACAUAAAUUUAGUGUCAAAAAAAAGCUUUCGUAAUAUUUUUUUUACAUCGUUAUGCUGACAAUUUCAUUGAAAAAAAUUUCUGUGGUUUAAAAUUAAGUGUUUAAAUAUUCAGUGAAUCCAGUGUGUGUGUGUAUAUAUAAUGAUUGUAUAU